UUGUUGCCAUUAUUGGAGCGUGCGCUGUGAUUGUACAGUAUUUUUUUUAUCACAGGUCAGGAAAGGUCACACAGUGAUCGCGCGUUCGGUACCCGUGCGCGUUCCUUGUUAUUCCGCGAGAAAUUGGUCUUAUCUAUCUCCGGGUUGUUAGAGAGAGAGUACUUGGAGUAUGGCAGUUUGUAUUUUUCGGCGUUGUGUGGCUUCAUUUAGCCGUUAUCCUAGAAUUAUAACUUUACGAUUCUUGGGGUCUGAAAGUAGCGGUGUUCCUGAAACGAUGACUCAGCGUCUUUGGCCCGUCCCCUGUGCGACAUGUGGGCAGCAAGCAAGGUGGCUGUCUUCACGAAAUAGGCCAGAAGGGAAAAUACUGGAAACUGUGGGAAUAUUUGAAGCACCAAAACACCAUGGAAAGUAUGAAACAGGUCAGCUUUUUCUUCACAGUGUGUUCGGCUACAGAGGUAUAAUACUGUUCCCAUGGUAUGCUAGGCUGUACGACCGGGACGUUGCUUCCCCAACCUCAGAAAAAACAGACUCUACAGCAGGGCAGAGCUCGAAAGAAGUGAAAGGAAAAACUCAUACUUACUAUCAAGUCUUAAUAGACUCCAGAGAUUGUCCUCAUAUUUCCCAGAGAUCGCAGACUGAAGCAGUUACAUUUCUCGCAAACCAUGACGACAACAGAGCACUUUAUGCCAUUCCAGGGUUGGACUAUGUGAGUCAUGAUGACGUCCUGCCUUACAGCUCAGCAGAUCAGCACCCUAUCCAUCAUGAACUCUUUGACAGAUUUCUGUUGUGUGAUCCUGAAAAGGUACCUCCUUUUGUAUCUCGGGAAACUUUGCGUGCCUGGCAAGAAAAGAAUCACCCCUGGUUAGAACUGUCUGAUGUGCACAGGGAAACAACAGAAAACAUCCGGGUGACAGUGAUACCAUUCUACAUGGGUGUGCGAGAAGCACAAAAUUCACAUGUUUACUGGUGGCGAUAUUGCAUACGACUUGAGAACCUCGGAAAUGAAGUGGUACAGUUGCGGGAACGACACUGGAGAAUUUUUAGUUUGACGGGAACUCUAGAAACUGUACGAGGAAGAGGAGUGGUAGGAAGGGAGCCUGUGCUAUCAAGAGAGCAGCCUGCAUUUCAGUACAGUAGUCAUGUUUCCCUGCAGGCAUCCAGUGGUCACAUGUGGGGGACAUUUCGGUUCGAGAGACCUGAUGGCACCCAUUUUGAUGUAAGGAUUCCUCCAUUCUCCUUGGAGAGCAACAAAGAUGAGAAGGCACCACCUACUGGUUACUCCUGGUAGAACUGUUAUGUAGCAGUCUUGAAUGGUCAAUGGCAGAAUUCAUAGCUGCCAUGCCUAAACAAGUGGCACUUUUCAUGCUCAAGGAUGUCUUCCACUAGCUGAAGGCUUCUCCAACCAGUGUUUUAAGAUGGCAUUCUUAAUGAACAUUUCAUGUACUUUUUAAGCCAUAAGUUUUAUUUUUUUCAAAAUAUCUCUAAUCAAGACAUGCACCUUGUCUCCUGCCUUGUUUGUGUUCUGGCAGGUCUUUAUGGAUCGAGUUCCCUGCAACUUCAUUCACUCAAGGCCUCAGGAACUAAAAUCUGAGUCUUAUGUUCAUUAGUUUGGUGGAAAGUGUUACAUAAAAUCCACCCUUCCCAAAAAGCUGUAUCCCAUUAUUUGUGGACUCCUGCAGUAUAAGUUAUACAAUAUGUAUUCCUUUUAGACUGGCUUUGCUACAGUCGUAUUGCAAUUGCAACAGCCCUGGAAAACACAAGUAUAGCGUUGAAGUAUGCUGUUAUUGGUUCUGCUCCCAUUUAAUUAACUGUCUAGCUUACAUUGUGGUGUAAACUAACUUUGAAAAUAGAAAGCUGCCCUGCAUAAUCUCUUUUCCUCCUCCUCCUGAGCAUUGGCAGAUGUACAGUUUUACUUGAAAAUACCAAGUCUGGUAUGUGGAACACGCACUUUUCCUUGGUAACUGCGAGCAUACUGUUUAUGUAGGCUUCAGCCACACACUACGAUCAUGAAGUAGUAUUGUAUAGUCAUUCAUACGAUUAAAAAAAAAGAAAGUUUGUCAAAUGCAGGUAGCAAUGUUCAUCAUGUGAUGGCCUACUAAAGUUAAUAUGAAGCUCUUACUAAAUACCUUAUUGAGGAUGUAAGAGUAAAAAAAUGUUUGCUGAGCAUAGAGCAGAUGAUUCAGGUAUGUUAAGGACUCUCCUUUACAUUAUAGCUAUUCCCACUGUAACUUAAAAUGAGGUACAGAACUGUAGGGACCUUGGUGGUGAAAUAAAUGGAGAAGAGAGAAAAAUGUAUUAGUGUGGGCUGAACACAGCAGUCCAGUCUGCAAGAAAGGGCUUUAUAACUUUCUGUAUCAUGUAAAAUUACAAUUUUUUUUACCUCGUAUUAUUUUGGCCCAAAACACUUGGAGAUUUGCAUUUUCUGUGUGUAGCAUUUUGAUUCAUACUUAUGGUUCCCCAAGAACACUAUGUUAGAUAAUUAAAUAUUUGAUCCAUAUUAGUUUUGUGCAUUAUGGAGUGCCAUAUAUCACAGGCAGAAGUGCAGGAAUAUAAAUACAUUUUAAGAUGUGACAAGGUUAACAGUCUAUUGCAGUGCACAGUUAAAAGAAUAUUAAUUUUAUGGCCUGUUGUACAAUACCUCAGUUUUGUAUUUGGAAACUUUCUUAACCUAUUACAAAUCAUUACAUAAAGCCAUUAUUGUGUGUAUUUUACAUUUACAGCUU